GUUUGUUCCGAUUCCAACAUCCAGAAGGAAAGAGGCUGUCGCCUGUAUCUAGUUCAUCUUGAUUCCUAUCAGAAUAGGCUUCCGUUCCCUUUCUGUGAAUAGAACGUGAUCAAAUCUUUCUAUUCUCUCUCUUACAAAGUGAAACUAGUUUUCGAAAGCGAAAAUUGAAGAGUCACGAUGGGGAAGUACGUAGACGAGACAUGCUAUAAGUGCGGGCGGAGUUUGCAGGCGACUUCCAGUCAUUCCGCGACAGUCUACAGAAGAUCGUCCAACCCUCCCCGUCACAGAUUCCAGGCUCUCACGAUGAAGACUGUGCUUGUGGUGGCGUUCUGUGUCCUGCUGCUGGCCGGCCAGAGCAUGGCGUGUGGCAAGGGAACAGGCAUUGAGCUGGGCCCGAAGGCGCAAUGUGAAAAGCGGCGGGAAUGCGAGAUGACCCGAAAAUGCCGGGACUUCCAAGGACACCAGGAGUGUUUCUGGAAACCCGUCUGCAAAGAGAGGCUGUCCUGCAAGGGGGCGCCACGACCACCGAUUCCCUUUUCCAACAAGUAGAGAGGCGAGCACUUGGGGUUGGUCUGUUAUGCCUGCAGGUCAUUACCGCGACACUAGAGGGCGCACGCGUCUCUGGCCUGGAUGACGUCUAUGUUUUAAGAAGAACCGUUAUAUGAGCAGAUAUGAUACUUGUGUUAAUGAGUAUACAUACGUUGAAAUGAUGCCCAUUUUGUGGUAAUCUUGCGCUAAAACUAAUGUUGUGUGAAGUCUUUAUUGUACAUGUAAGGAUAGACUGCGCGUGUGCAGGAUUAUGCUAAUUAUUCCUCAAAGAGGAAGGUCUAGUUACUUCAGUAUGACGUCAUCGUACUAUCUUGUUUUUCUACGGAUCGUCAUAACCAUAUGAAAUACCAUUGUUUCGGAAGUGUAUUCGAGAUUCUGGGAAAAUCAUUGUAAAACAAGAACAUUCCUCGCUCAGUUUACAAACAAACUUGUGUUGAUAUUGUAACACGUAAAUUUAACGAACGUAUCAUGUAUCAUUUGUUACUAACAAGAUUUUGUGUUAUCUUUAUUUCUAUAUCACAGAGUAUAGUUUCUUGUAAAAGUGCUUAAUGAAUACGUUGUGCAAUAUAGGUUUUGAAAUCUGUGAAUCAUGAACAAUAUUGAAGUUUGUUGAAUUAUCACUGAGAGGACAAAUGUAUUCGAGAAUGAAAACAAGACAAAAAUGUUGAGAGGGGAAUGAGCACAGACAGGAGUGAUAAAAAUCUGGAAGUACUUUUGUCCUUAAAAUACAAACUUCUCAUAA